GAACAUUCCCUGUCUGCCUUUUUCCCCCUCCGAAUCAAACGGUGCCGCGUGAAAGUAAUUCCGGCGGGCAGUCAGUCUGCCCCUCCUCUGCGACAUGCGACAAACCCCUCCGCCUGGAAGUGGGAUCGCCCGCAUCUUUUGAGCCGCUCACUCCGACCUUCUGCCGCUUCAUCUCCAUCCUCUUUCGCCGCACAUCACUGUCUAUGAGACUCCAUUUCUUAGUCUAUCCGUUUGCAGGUCUAUUUACCUAACGGGGAUCCGAGAUAUCUCGUUCCUAUGAAUUCGUAAUCACGGUGUUGUGCCUGUGUGUGUGCCGUCAAUUGAUUUACUACCCCCCGCGAGAAAGGAUACCGGUUUGCGAGUGUUUUGCGGUCAAAAGCAUAAGAGAGGGUCGCCGACUGCUCUAUGCUGCCGCCGUGGUGCAGCAGGAUUUUACACUACUCCAGACUUUUGCAUGGACUGUGAAAUAACCGCUGUAUCAUUCGACACCCAGGAUGCGGUAAGUGGUCAUCUGUUUGUGUUUUAAAGAGCGCUAAAAUGGAGGAAUUGUUUUGUCACUAAACAAACUUUGCGAGGAAGGAUGAAAGUGCAUGUGUCCCAAACGGAUGCUCGUCGUCGGAAACUUUGGAUGAUUUCUUUGAUGUGUUGCGUAGAUUACCGAAAUUUAUAAAGUGUUUCUGCGUCAGGUAUGGACAGAGAAAGGGUCAUUUCUGAGAUAAAUGGCAGCAGUCAGAAGACUCAUGCAACGUGCGAAACGGAAAGUUGCUGUGAUGGGUCUCGGUGACGCACUCGCAUUUUUUGGAGAGUUAGGUCCAGAGCCAAUCGAGGUAGUGUUGUGGAGAGGUGGAAGAACUAUGUUCUUCGCCCGAGGGGGAUUCUACCUCCACCCACCGACUCCGAUUCCACAACCCCUCUUGUCACCGCUUCUCUAUAAACAGGAGAACAGUUCUCACUGGAAAAAGGACUCUUUACGGAAAAAUGGCACGAUACACAGGUAGGCCUUGUAUACUGUAGUCUUGUAGAACUAGACAAGUUUGUUAUUAAAAGAAAAAUAAGGUUCAGUGGGCCAUAACAACAAAUUUAACUUAUUCCAAAAAAUAUAUUCCAUUUUUUGAACCACUUUUUCAUCUUCUGAAUGUGAUAAACACCAUGGUGUGAACUCUUUUUCCUAUUUGUUUUUUUUUCCAUUGACCUUUUACCCUGAUAGAAACUGAAAACUCAUGGUGGGUCCAAUAAAUGAAAAUGAUAUCCUGAUAAUCAGUCGGUAGCAGAUAUACGGAUAGGUUGACAUGAAGAAGAUACCACUGCCGACUGCUUUACGGGGUGCACGAGAGGCGAGGGGGAUCGUCAAGUACACGCCCUGUUCCCCACAGGACUUGCAGCUAGAUGAUGACUUGGAGGAUAUCGCAAUCGUGAGCAAUGCUGCCCCUGAGAGCGUCAAGUAUGGAAGUGGUUCAUUGACCGCCAAUGGACCAAGGGUUGUGCCCGGAAUCAUUACAACCACGGGCACUGUUGACCGCCUGCAGACAACGAGCCGGAGUGUGAGCCACACACGAAUCCAUACUGCAUCGCCAGCUUUGUAUGGGACCAAGUCCACCGAGAACUUGAAGUCUGGGUCCAGACAAUCGCUUUUGGAAUCUGUAAGCAGUCGCUUCUUGGGUGGCAAUGCCCUCAAGAGGCGUUCCAGGGACUCAACCAUGGCCUUCGUCAACAGAGCACACGUCAGCAGUGACAUAGAUAUGACUCGGAAGUCAAGGGAUCACAGGCGUAGAGACAAAACUGACAAAUGUGAGACAUCUGCGGGCAUUGUUGAUAGACCUAGGUGCAACUGGUCAUUUGUGUUCGAUCCUUCCGGUAGACUGUGCUACUACUGGUCCGUCGUAGUGAGCGUCGCCUUCCUGUACAACUUCUGGGUCAUGAUAUACCGUUUCGCCUUCCAAGAGAUCAAUAGAUCGACUAUAGGAAUCUGGUUCACAUUCGACUACUUGGCUGAUAUACUUUACGCCCUAGACAUAGGAUUCCAUUUCAGAACCGGAUAUCUUGAAGAAGGCGUCUUGCAGACGGACACGGUGAAGCUUCGCCAGUUCUAUAUGAACUCCACCAUGUUCUACAUCGACUGCCUAUGUCUACUACCGCUGGAUGUGCUCUACUUGUCAAUUGGCUUCAACUCCGUUCUACGUUGCUUCAGGCUCGUGAAGAUCUACCGUUUCUGGGCAUUUCUAGACAGGACAGAGCGUCACACGAACUACCCAAAUGUGUUCCGGGCUUUAAACCUUACUCAUUACGUUCUCGUCAUCUUUCACUGGAAUGCGUGUCUCUAUCACAUUAUUGCCAAGAACGGCGGCUUCGGAUCGGAUGACUGGUUCUUUCCGAGCGACAACCAUUGUACGGACAACAUGUGCAAGUACCUGCAUGCAUUUUAUUGGAGCGUUCUUGCUCUCAGCACAAUCGGAGAUUUACCCCGACCCAGGACUAAAGGCGAAUACUUCUUCCUCAUAAUAGAGCUCAUAUCUGGACUGUUCUUACUGGCUGCUGUGCUAGGACACAUAUCGAACAUUGUCACCAACAUCAGCUCGGGCAGGAAAGAAUUUCAAGCCCGCCUGGAUGCGACCAAGACGUACAUGCGCAUGCGUCGCGUCCCUGACCACAUCGAGAACAAGGUGAUCCGUUGGUUCGACUACCUGUGGGUGACCAAGAAGUGCUCGGACGAGGAGCGGUCCAUCGGCUGCCUGCCGGACAGACUCAAGGCCGAGAUAGCCAUCAACGUCCACCUGGACACACUGAAGCGGGUCGAGAUCUUCCAGAACACGGAGUCCGGAUUCCUCUGCGAACUCGUGCUCAGGCUCAGACACGUCCUCUUCAGUCCGGGAGAUUACAUCUGCAGGAAAGGCGAGGUGGGUAAGGAGAUGUACAUCGUGAACUGCGGGCGUCUGCAGGUGGUGGCGGACGACGGUCGCACGGUGCUGGCCACCCUGCGCGCCGGCAGCUACUUCGGCGAGAUUAGCAUCCUGAACAUGGGCACGGCGGGUAACCGGAGGACCGCCUCGGUCCGCUCUCUCGGAUACUCGGACCUCUUCUGCCUCUACAAGAAGGACAUGUGGGACGUGCUCAAGGACUAUCCGGCGGCGAGGGUGCGCCUCGAGGCCAUCGCCGUCAAGAGGUUGCACAAGUACAAGAAGGAGCCGCUCAGGAAGAUUGCUAUGGGUCGUUGUAGAAGCACGCCAGGUCUUAUAGAGUCUACGGGUAAAGUAAGGCUGGAAGACAUGGUAGUGGGCUCGACGACCAGAGCGACCGAACCUGCACCGUGCGAGGCCAGCCUGUUCGAUGACGGCGCAGCCAAUGAAAAUCCUUCAUCCCUGAUCGAGCACCGAAGCACAAGCAGCAGCAAUACACAGUAUGGCGAACUGGCGGGGGGCAUACCUCUGGAGCCAAUCCAUAUUUCAUCACAUCAAGCAAUGGCAGGAGCGACAGCAGCAGCAGCAGCAGAUAACCAGAAGGCCCCCAGAAGGUUAUCCGUGGGCCCUCUGGUAGGGACCAAUAACAGCAACCAACGCCUUCCGACCCCUAGAAGCAGCGACAUGAAACCGACUUCUUCCUUCUUGUCCCUGCACUCCGGGUCGAACACUAGACCUGUCUCGCCUUAUCAGAACACAACAGACAGUCCGUUCCUACUGGACCAAUCUAAUGUCCAGUUUCCAUUUGGAAACAGGGUUUCAGCAGAUCUCAAUCAGCAAGAACUGCUGGCGGAGAUCAAAAGACUCAGAGAAAGAGUUCAGACCCUGGAGGCAGACAAUGCCUCCAUGAGCCUGAAGCUCCAGCAGAGCAAGUGGGAAAUGCAGAACAGAUUGGCAGACUUGGAGCUCCACAUUUGCAAUCCGAUGGGAGUGGUGGCGCCCGUUCCCAUGGGCCCGACCUCCACCAGCAGCGGAAGUGGGGACGACUUUGAGAGGAACAGGGAAUCCAUUAUAUAAAAUGCCAUCUUGCCAACUGGUGGGAAGAAUCAUUCAGUAUAAUAAUACAAAUAAAAUGCAUCUUUGAAACGCUCAAAUAACUGCAAUGGCUAAAUAAAAAGAACCGGUCCGAAAGCAUCAUUUCCACUUUUAAGUCAUUUUGUUUUCUAAGUUUUUCAUACACAACAACCUCAUAAGAGGCCUCAUAAAUUUCCCAUCAUAGUGAUUAGUCAAUCCUUAUUUAGUGUCAGUAUUUGUAUAUUAUCCAUUGUAAUAAUUUCUUUAAAUUAAAAAAAAUUGAGAAAAAAACGUCAAAAAAUAGAUAUAGACGUCAAAGAUUUCGUUGUACUUUUUGGUACCAAGAAAAAUGUUAAAAAUUCUUGCUGAGUGAUAAUUUUUUGUUUUGUUUCAUUGUUUGUAAAAAUAUUUUCUUCAAAACUACUUUCAGCUAUAUAUUUCUAUGUUUAGUAGAUUAGGAAUAACAAACAUAUACGUAUUUUUUUACAUACAUAUCUGGAGUUAGGGUCCCUCACAAAUUACAUCAAAAUAAUUUCCAAUAUUAUGUAUUAACAAUAAUAAACAAUAUACA